AUGUCGACACCCAUGGAAACCAACUUACAUAAACUAAAAGAAGCAGCAGCAGAAUCCAUACUUGCAGAUCCUACUCUUUACAGACACAUAAUUGGAUCAUUGAUGUACCUGGUUAACACUCGACCGGAUAUUUGCUCUGCAGUGAAUGCUUUGAGCCGGUUUAUGUGUGAACCUCAAGAGAUGCAUCUUGUUGUUGCAAAGCAUAUAUUGAGGCACCUUCAAGGUACUAUUGGAUAUGGUCUCAAAUAUAAAAAUGUUGACCUAAAUCUACAUGGAUACUCUGAUUCUGAUUGGGCUAUAAGUGUGACUAAUCGAAAAAGCACAUUAGGGUGUUGCUUCAAUUUGGGAUCAACUAUGAUUUCUUGGAUAUGCAGAAAACAGUCUUCAGUAGCUCAAAGCUCAACAGAAGCCAAAUAUAUUGCAGCAUCUUUGGGAGCAAGAGAAGCAGUAUGGCUCCAAAAACUGCUUGUGGGAUUAUUUGCUAAAUCGAUUGAGGGAUUAAAAACCAUGGCAUCACACAUGAUCAAGAUUAUCAAAGAUGACAAUUAUGCAACCUGUGGACUUGAAAAUGCUAUAGAGAAAUUUGACUACUUGACAUGA